UCGGCACUUAUUGUGCGGACCGCGAGCGCGGGUCAUUCAUAUAGGCAUUAGACUGUUAAUGUUUUUGUCAGCGAAUCGUCAUUGAAGCGGAUGUUAAGUGUCGUGGUCAACGCUAGUCUGUCAGUCGCGGCUACAACGCGCGCCAGAGAGGUCGCCUCCGUCAUCCGACCCCAGCGUGACUCCUGUAAACAACAUUAUCGAACUACUCGAACAAAUAGUGCGCUAUACAAACCGCCACCCGGAAACUAAACUCAUCAGCCGUAUAAAUAUUGACAGUGAUUUUCUAAUUGGUGCUUACACGAUUUGUUUACAAAUCCAUCGCGGCAGUGCCGGUGAUAAGGGAAGCAUUUGUGACAAUAAUAAUUGAGUAUCGGGACACCUGUUCCAACGUUACCAUUGAAUGUGGAAAUUAUCAGCGGCGCUAUCGAUUGAAGAGUGGCAGCCGGUGAGCUGCAGUCGAGGGAGGAGUGGGUACGCGCGCGGUCGCUCGGAAGAUGCCGGUGCUCGGCUACGGGGAGAUGGCCUCGCAGGACUUGUGUCCGAUGGGUUACAGCGCGGAGUACAUGCUGCCCACCUCCUGGGACAAGCACGACGGCUACACGGGUUAUGCACACCGCGUGCCCCCAGCGGCCGCAGUCGCCACCACGUUUACCACAGAAGACAGUGAUAUGCAAUUGGAGACCAGCAGCAGCGAGGCGAGUGCGGCCAGUUCUACAGCUUUGUCGCAACACUGCGCGAUAUGCGGCGACCGCGCCACCGGCAAACACUACGGCGCCUCCUCCUGCGACGGCUGCAAAGGCUUCUUCAGACGGAGCGUCAGGAAGAACCAUUUGUAUACGUGCAGAUUCAGCAGAAACUGCGUUGUGGAUAAGGACAAAAGGAAUCAGUGCAGAUAUUGUAGGUUAAGAAAAUGUUUCAAAGCUGGCAUGAAGAAAGAAGCCGUGCAGAACGAGCGCGACCGCAUCAACUGCAGGCGGCCGUCGUACGAGGAGCCCACGCAGGCCAACGGGCUGUCCGUCGUGUCGCUGCUCAACGCCGAGCUGCUCAGCAGGAAAGUUAUAGACGAGACUAUCAACGUGAGCGAUGCGGAGAUCAACAACAGAAAACUGGCGAAGAUCAACGACGUGUGCGACUCUAUAAAACAACAGCUGUUGAUAUUGGUCGAGUGGGCCAAGUACAUACCCGCCUUCACAGAGCUGCAUCUAGACGAUCAGGUGGCGCUGCUGCGCGCGCACGCGGGCGAGCACCUGCUGCUGGGCUGCGCGCGCCGCUCGCUGCACCUCAAGGACAUCCUGCUGCUCGGCAACAACUGCAUCAUCACCAAGCACAACAUCGAUGGUCGCAUGGACAUCGACAUCAGCAUGAUCGGCAUGCGAGUGAUGGACGAGAUAGUGAAACCACUCAGAGAGAUCGACAUCGACGACACAGAGUUCGCUUGUCUCAAGGCUAUCGUGUUCUUUGACCCCAACGCGAAAGGUCUCUCGCAGCCUCAGAAGAUCAAACAGCUACGUUACCAGAUCCAGAUCAACCUGGAGGACUACAUCAGCGACCGGCAGUACGACGGGCGCGGUCGGUUCGGCGAACUGUUGCUGUGUCUGCCGCCAUUGCAGAGCAUCACCUGGCAAAUGAUCGAGCAGAUACAGUUCGCCAAACUGUUCGGAGUGGCGCACGUUGAUAGUCUACUGCAGGAGAUGCUGCUCGGAGGUGCGUCGACAGAAACGACAAUUGAGGAGCCGGGUGCGGAGGGCGGGGCGGGCGCAGGCGCAGAGCAAGGGGCUGGGCCGGGCGCGGGGCCGGGCGCCUCGCCUCCACUGGUGCCUGCACUGCCGCUAACCUUUGAGCCCAUGCCCUUUAAGCAGGAGCCUAACAUGUGAGCUCCUCCACUGUGCCGUAACGAGGACUGUGCCAGCAGUGCCCACACGCUGAGCGCAGGCUUCAGAGACACCGAAAUGUCCAAACUAAGACCAAGUUUUGGGUCAUACAUGAGCGCAGAUAUAGAAACUCGCACCGGAACGCAUAAAGAAUUAGUUGCGGCACUGCUCCCCUACCUCCCCACAUUCGCAAACAGCGACGAGUCUGUGUGGCAGUACAAUGGCCGUCGUUAACCAGCGAGAAAAGUUAGUAAGCUCGCGCUGCAAAACCGUGGCUAUACUGUGUUGUCAGUUCAAGCCCUAUCGUAAUACAAGCUCCAGCGUUUGAUCGAUCAGUCAUCGUGAAUCAUACGUCUAUUAUGGAAUCAAAUUACUUGUAGCAAACCUACUGACUGAUUAUACAAGGUAUAUAGGCGUCUUUGUUGAUCAAAAUGAAUAAUGUGCCUUACUCGGUAAGCUAUCUCUAUUCGGUUAUCGAUUUAGUGCUUUACUCCGUAUUCGGGAAAUAAUUUGUUUAUAUCUGUAUUCAAUAACUACUUCGUCUUUACACAAAUCGUGAUUGUAUUUAGACGUGUUAACUUGGCUAUGGACCAGGCUGGAAAAUAAUUAUAAGUAACGGCGUACAAAUGUAAAAUUAUGUUAAUUUAAAGGUGACGACGGAUGCUAAAUAUGAUUUUGAAUAUUAAGGCCCUGGUGGUAGUACCAAAAAGAUGUGAAUGUUAUUGUAUACGUCACUAAGUGGCACUAUCGUAGAAUAUUGCAAUAUAGUUUGUAAUAAAUAACUUUAUAGUAUUCUUUAUGGACUUUCGAAUUAUGUGCGAAGAGGAUAGUCUUUAUAAUUGUUACUAGAGGAAACAUGACUAUCUUUUUAGACUGUUAACAUACGUUUUCAUUGAACAUUUUCUUGUUAUUUUUCAAUGACUUAAAGAUUUUAUGUAGUAAGAAAAAGAUAUCAAAAGAUCCACUCAAGUAUAUUUUAUAUUGGAAUUGUGACUUAUUUAUCGAAUUGUAUUUCAAAGUAUAUUGUUAGAGUUAUUAAAAAAAACACUUGAAAGCGAAUAUAAAUUAUUUUCCAUACAAAGAUGAAUGUCUAGUUGGAUUAAACAAAAUAUAUAGGUAAGUGACGCAUACGCACCUGAAAUUAUUUGUGACGAAGUGGAAUAUUAUAUAUAAUGACGAUAUAACAAUAUAAGAAUCAUUCAAUGGGGAUGGGAAUAGUCCAUUGUGUGCAAUGACAUUUUUGAAGCUUUUAGGUGCCUGUAUUUUUAUAUUUAAACGUUUUGUGCAUAGGUGUAGGUUUACCACAUUUGCCAAUUAUAACAUAUUUUAGCUGUAAGCAUUAAUAUUAUGUUUUUAUGCAUUGAACGUUCAGAUGGGCUGUGUGACACGUUUAUAAUCGAAUAAUGUCGUGUUAAACAAAUUUGUUAUUGGAAUUUGAUAUUUGUAUUUUAGGGAUAUAGUAUAAAUUGUUAUUUAUUGACUUCGAGCCAAAUUCAGACUGCUAAUAGUCAAAGUAUUCGAAAUACGUACUAUAUGUGUUACCAUUGAUAAAUAAAAUUAGGUGAUGGUAAAUUGUAAGAAGGUUAGAUGUUUAUUAACGUGGGCGCAGGAGUAACGUUAUAUGUGGGAUUUGUUAUAAAUUUAUAUUAUAUUUUAAUGUAAAUUUCUUUUCAAGAGCUUGUUGUCCUUAUAUACACAAUGAUGUGUUCAACAAGUAAUGUUCAAAUGUUUGUUAUUGAAUGCUCAAUCUAAUACUUUUCCUGUUAUGUUGGUAUAAAUAUAAAUGGUGAAAGUAAUGCACGAAAUGUGUUGAAACGUUUGUGGGUUUGAAACGCCUUAGAAUUAGUAAUAUGUAUAAGAAAUAGGUGCCUUAUUACCCUAUUGAGGUGUACUGUUGAAAAUGUACAUACUAUGUUAUGAAUUUUAGUAGAAUAUAUUUUAAUAAAUAAUGUUACAAAUU